UCAUCAAACAGGGUGUGUGUGAGAGCUCAUAGUUUAAUAGUUAGCAUUAUGUCAUGCUUAUAACCUGCACAGAUGUGUCUGUGUCUGUCACAAUACUGCCUGUAAUGCAGGAGAGGCUUGUUAAAGCAGAUCUGGUGUGAAGUCAUCUCACUUUUCUGUGUAUCCCUUAUUUUGCAUGAGAAGGAUUGAGUGAGUGUUGUUUGAGUGAAAGCGAGUUUGAUUUGUCCUGUUUCUUUGAGAAUUCUAAUUAAUUUAUUUGUUUCACAGAAGAAUGGACAAUGAAAAUCAAGACACCUCUCAAAUGGAUGUAAAGACAGAUGACAGAGCCAAGAUGAGUGUAGCUGCCAAGAUGUCUCUGUUUAAAGAGUUGGAGAAGACAGCUUCACCUGAUGCAUCCUCGUUCCUCAAACCUCGCGCCAGUAAUCGUUUCUAUGAGCGCAGAGUUCACCGUAACAAUGACCCUCGUGCACUCACUCAGCCAAUCACCUUUGAGGAAACAGUUAUUGCAGCGAGUCCACAGUCAGGUGAGGCUGAGCCUGAGGUAGUGGAUGAUGCUGGCACUAAACUAUCGAUGAGUGAGAAACUGGCUCUCUUCAACAAACUGUCUCAGCCAAUAUUGGGUGCUGUGGGGAGUCCUGUGAGAGACAACAACCCUCUAGAGGCCUCUGAGAGACGCAGACAGAAGGGUGUACGUUACCGCACACAGCCCAUCACUGUGGAUGAGGUCAAUUUGCUUCAGAAAAGCCCUGUUCAGCUUCAUUCUCUUCAUCUGGCGUCUCACCUCUCUGACCGACAGCAGGCUGAAUCCAUCAAUCUGAAGCCUACUGAAGUACGUCUCUCUGGGCUGAGCGCUUCCUUCUCCGAACUCACCUCAGCACCCCAUCUGAAGCCUACAUCAGACAGCAACUCCCAGAAUGCAGUGCAGAUUAAAGGCAUCUUGAAAAACAAUUCUUCGGAGGGAGUGGUGUGGAGGAGUAAAAGCGGAGAAAGGGAUAACCUGAACAGACACGACCUGGAGCAGAAUGGGAGGGAGAGGAGAGAGAGAGCCGCGAUAGAGGAGAGACAGGUGUCACCUGUGGAACCGGCUCCUCUAUUGAGCGCUCCUUGGAGGCAAAGGGCAAGGAAGGAAGCCUCUGCAUCCUCUGGCAGAACAUGGAGAUCUGCUCCAAAGCCUGAGGAACGUCCAUCUCUAUCAGAGGACCUCCAGAUCACAGAACAGAGCAGAGAAUCAGCCAUCAGUGACAGGGUGACAGACUCAGCAGGAAGUGAGAAAGAAGAGGAGAAGCAAAGUGAUAAAGCAUGGUGCAAUAUCAGUCUAAGCAGUGUGCCACAGGAUGAGAAUGUCGCUACAGCGGAGUCUAAUCUUCAAACUCAAUGCUGGGAGCCCGUAUUUUCCUCUAUAUACACUCGUUCAAGCUCCACACCUCAGUAUGUGAUGUUUUUCAAUGAGAGGAAUCUUUCUUAUGAAGCUCAGGAGGUUUCCAACACAACUCAAACCCAACCACAGGUGACGGGGAGGGUCAAGGCAAGCUGUGAGAAGGAAGACUCUGCCAAACUAAUCUUUAAAGAAACACAAACCAUUUGCGCCAGUGAAGUCCAAGAGAGUCCGAUGUUUAUUGCUGAGAUGACCUCUGAACACUCUUCACUACCAGCAUAUCCUACCACUGGAGGAGACACAGAGUCAGACCUGAGCACUCUCUGUCAGACCAACACACCAAUUUUGAGCUCAGCUGUAGCCGAGCACAGGCGUUCAGUUCGGCCGUCCCGCAGGACCCAGGGUUCGAGGAAUCCAUUACGCGCUCUUGCUGCCCGAGAGGACAUCCAACAGGAUUUCAUGCAGUCUGAAGAAAACAGCAAAAUAGAGAAUAAUACAGCUAUGAAAAAUUCUAACUGCACCCCAGCUGAUGUCUCUUCCUCUGGAAAAGGGAGCAUACCCACAGUGCCAUACAACAAACUUAUGCUCAUUCAGGUUAAAGGGUGGAGGCAGGUGCAGGUGCGGUUGGUGGAGCCGCUAUCACGCUCUCUUAACAGUGGUGACUGCUUUCUUCUGGUCACACCAUCACACUGCUUCCUCUGGACUGGCAAACUCUCCAACACCAUUGAGAGAGAAAAGGCUUUUGAAAUGGCCUCAGUGAUUGUGACCCAGAGGGAUCUGGGUUGUCAGGCAACAGGUGUCGUUCACCUGGAUGAAGGUGUAAAUACAGACAGCCUGCAGGCAGCAGAGUUCUGGAGCCUUCUCGGCGGACAGACCCAUUAUAAAGGUCCAGACAGUGCUGAUGAUGAUGAUGAGCACUAUGAGAGAGCCAUAACAGAGUCAAACUGUAUUUAUAGGCUGCAGGAGGACAGACUCAGUCCUCAAGAGCAGGGCUGGGCUGUCGUUCCAGACUUCAGUCUUCUGGACUCCUCUCAGACUCUGCUGUUUGACUUCGGCAGCGAGCUCUAUUUGUGGCACGGGAAAGACGUGGGCCCCAGCGAGAGGAAACUGGCCCUUCAGCUGGCUCAGCAGGUUUGGGACGGGGUGUAUGACUACAGCAACUGCAGGAUCAACCCUCUGGAUCCCUUUGGUGGCAGUGCCCAUAUUCACAAGCAGGGUAUUGGACGGCCAGACUGGGCACUUUUUGGCCGUCUGUUUGACCAAAAUGAGACAAUACUGUUCAAAGAGAAGUUUGCUAACUCAAUUGAGCAGACAAAAGUGAACAAAAAUUACAUCGCUCCUUCCAUACAAGAGGAGGUGAAGACCCCCUCACUCAAGUCAUCUCCCCAGCCAGUGUCAGCUGAGCAGUGGUCAUGUGAUGCCAGAGCUCUCUUCGGUGGAGUCUGUCUCUCAGAGGCAUCGCAAAUUGUUCUGGAUGGUGUGGAUGUACGAAGGGGACGGGACACGGUCACUCUGAAUGAUGGUCGGCAGGCAGUGUUACGCACUCUUGCAGUGAAAACGUGGCUUAUUUCAGAGGGUGAGGAGUGUGAGGUUGCCCCAGAGAGCUUGGGACAGUUCAGUGAGGGCAGCACAUAUGCUGUACGCUGGACGUACAGCCUCACAGCCUUAGGGGAUCAAAUAGUAAUAGGUCAGGAACAAUCUGCUCUUUUCAUCUGGAAAGGGCGGCACUCCAGUAUCAGUGGGCGGGACCUGUCACCAGCACUGACCAAUCAGUGUAGUUCUCAGGUGUUAGUAACAGAAGGGGAGGAGCCACCCUGUUUUCUGCAGUUGUUCCAGGGAGGAAUGGUCAUUUAUAGACAACAACAAAGCAGAGACACAGGAGGCUGGCAUCUGUUCUGUGUGAGGGGUGAUGUCCCAGUGGAGAGCAGUCUGUUGGAGGUACAGUGCUCCUGCUCUAGUCUGAGGUCUCGUGGCUCGUUGAUCUUGUUGAACAGCCAUCAGGGGGCGAUCUACCUAUGGCAUGGCUGCAAAGCCCACAGCAAAGCACGUCAGGUGGCCAAGCAGACGGUCCAACGCCUUACACAAAUGUGCCCACCUGAGCUGAGUCUGAGAACUGGCAGCUUUAUGAAUGUCCAGGAAGUGGAGGAGGGGAAAGAGCCAGCAGAUUUCUGGAAUGCUAUUGGACUAGAGGACAGGAAGUCAUAUGACUGCAUGCUGCAAGAUCCUGGUAAAUUUAAUUUUACUCCCCGCCUUUAUCACCUGAGCGCCCAAUCUGGAACUUUCAAAGGGGUGGAGCUUAUUAGCCCCUCCCAUGUAAAUGUUGUUAUUACAGCAAUGCCCUUCCUUCAGGAUAAGUUAUAUGCCGUGCCACAUCCAGCAAUAUUCCUGCUGGAUAACUAUCUGGAGGUGUAUUUAUGGCAAAGUUGUGAAACUUCAAUCUCACAGCGCCCCCACUGGGACAAAGAGAAGAAGUGCGCCUUGGAGACUGCCUUGCAGUACUGCAAAGAGAGGAAUCCCAGACGGCCUCCCAUGGCAUAUCUUAUUGAUGAAGGGGCAGAGCCUCUCACCUUUACAAAUAUUUUCCCUUUAUGGGAGAUGAGAAUGACACAGGAAGUACAGGACUGCACAGUGCGUAAAAAGCUGAAUUUGGUGCAGGAUGCUCUAGCUGCUCUUAAUAAGACCCAGUUUCCCCUGAAGGAUCUGCUGAAGAGACCUUUACCUGAAGGCGUGGAUCCGUUACACUUGGAGAACUACCUGUCUCAGCAUGAUUUCAAGGUUGCUUUGGGAAUGACAUGGAAUGACUACAACUGUCUAUCAGAUUUACAAAAAACGGACCUGAAGAAAAGUAAAGGACUUUACUGAGUGUGACCUACACUCAACAGAAGCAAUAUUUUUAAAGAUGUGUUUGUAAGAUGACAUGUUCUUGAUGGCGCUCAUGCGUACAGUGUGAAUGUGUUAAACAGUGACUGUGAGUGUGUGUCCUUUCGGUCUGCUGCUUUUUUUAAUGCCUAAUGUCCAGCACUUAUUUUGCCCAAAAGCUUUCUACUCAAAGCUAGACAGAACUGUUUACUCUGACUUUGAGAAAUAACUGUCGUGUUUUUCUUUUCUUCCUCCCCAUCCUCCAUUGCAGCUGUUUCUCUUCCCUCUUUUUUAUCUCUCCCUGUCUUCCUCCCCUCUCUCUAUCCUCUCUCCACAAAGCCGCACAUGUGAAUAGAGGUCUAAUUGUUUUACUGAACUUAUAGUUGAAUUUUGUAAUGUUUAUUGUAAAAUAAAAAUAUAAUGACGUC